UUAGUGAUCAUGACAAAUUGCAGUAAUACCGUGCAUAUACCACCUAGGUAGGAGGCACUUACUACUCAUACGGCUUUACCAGAUGACUUAAGGCCCCCACACACUGCAGCGGUAGCGGUAGCAUUAAAAUGAGUCUGGACACGAUUUACCGCCACCGCUGCAGUUAGCGUGGACCUUGAGUCUUGACACAUAAUUAGUAUAAAUAUUGUUGUCGCAACGAUACUAGUGCUAUACUGCAGUUUGCAUUUUAAUACCACACUCUAGAACAAAAACAACGAAAAAUUCAAGGCGUUAUAGAUUAUAGAAUAAUAAUACAUUGUAUUGUUUAUUCACCUGAAUUAAUAUUUUAAAAGCCGUAUUGUUCAUUCGCACAGUAUACAUUCACGACAUUGGAAAUAUUUAAUUGCUUCAAUAUUAAUUACAAAAUGGCUGCUGAAAAAUAUUUAAUGAAACUUGAAGCCUGCCCUUUAUUAUUAGAUCAAGUAGAGCGAACUCCCCCCCCAGAAGUUUCGAAUUUUUAUUGGAAAAAUGAUGACGAAGAAAAAUAUAAGGUUUUCAUUCCCACUCCCAACCGCAAAUUAUAUUAUAAUUUAGAAGAAUAUGAAGGAGACAUAAAUAUCAACGAAAUCGAUAAUGACGGAUGGAAAUCAGCGGACAAAUGUGUACUGUUAGCUGUUUCCAAUAGCUACGCUGCUGAUCAACUGUUUAUUGAUCAUAUGGAUUUUUUAAUUGCCAAUUUGAGUGCAUGGAAUGAACGAAAUACUGAGCACUGGAUAGACGUUGGAUAUGAUUUGGAAUAUGAAAAUAGAUAUAUGAAUAAACACUAUAUCAUUAAUGAGUAUUUAGUGGAUGAUAUAAAAAAUAUCCCAAUGGAAAUUAGGAGUAAUUCAUGCCAUGAACAUUGGAUUUCAAUUAGCGGCAAAACGUUUUGCCAGAGACCGAAAUCAUCAAGUUUAUGCUUAUGGUCGUCGUGGAUUUUCUUACUAAUAGUUUUGGUUUAUUUAUGUGAUUUUCGAAGCAGUUUUAUUGCUACUAAAUAUAACUGAAAGCCUAAUUUAAUGUCUACAUGUCUACAGUUAGUUUAUUGUAAUAAAAUAGUUGUUAAACUAAAAA